UCUCUCCUUUGUUUAUAAAUUUUCACGAUAAUUACGCGUUUUAGGCGCGAAAAACAUUACACAUGGCGACAUAACCUUGGAUGAAGACGAUUGAACACAAAAAUGGAAAAGAAACGUUUAUCCUCAUCAAAGCCAUCGAAAGAGACUCUCAAACCGAAAUCCAACGUGAACGACAGUCCCUCGGUCAACAGAACGGAGAAACGCCCGAGAGAAUCAGAUUGUGAUACGAAAUCUCCUUUAAAAAUGAGGAAAACAAUUCCUAAUGAUUCUGCCAGUGAAUACAACAAUAUUAUUGAUCUGACUUUUGACUCUGAUGAGAGUUUCAGUGGGUCGAAAUCUCCGAUUGAAGUGGUUGGGGACAAGGAGAAUUCUCCGAAGAAGAACAAAGCCUCGGUGACCUUGAAAAGUGUCUGUGAGGCUGAGAAAACUGGAGACAGUGAGAAGAUUAUUCAAGAAGAGGGAAAGGGUCUUGAGAGACAGGACUCUUCUUGGAUCGAUGAUGUUUUCGCACAAUUUUCUGACUUUGAGGAGGAGAAUGAGGAGGGCUCCGAGCAGACGACGAAGGGGUCUCAGAUGAGUCAAAUACUGCAAAGUGGGGACUCUGGAUUGCAGUCGUUGGGACCCACUCAGAAAUCGAAUAGUCAUGAUAAGGGGGAAGGGAGGGAGAAGGAGGUUGAUUAUGGUGGAAAGGAGGUGGAGGAGAACUAUCAUGAUGAGAUUGAUGAGCUAUUUGAUGAUGACUGGGACCUGCAGAGCAAGUUCUGUCUGGAUCUUUCCGAUUUUACGAGGUGCACGAUUAUUGAAAUUGAGAGGAAGAGAAUGUGCCUUCAUGUCACUGUUGCUGAUCCAACACCAGAGUCCAAUGCCACUGCACUGGUUAUCUGCUCGGGUAGCUGGGUGGACAUGCUAAUAUCAGUCGGUGAAUCGAUAAUAAUAAAGGCAAAGAAGUCCUUCGGCGACUGGGUGGUGAACAACGAAUGGGGCUACUGUAUCACCCAGCCCGACAUCCUCAUCUCAGGUACAACAGUAUCCUCAAGUCUCUUCUGCAACCGAAGAGCAGUCCUGGAGGCGCGUUUCCAAGGCCUCGACUGGCUCCCAAACCUGGACCCCGCUGACGCCGCAAUGACCUGUGGAAAGAUAGUCCACGAGGUCCUCCAGACAGCCCUCCGAGACAAGUUGUACACCGCCGAGGAGAUAAGAGCCCUCUCCCAGAGGAUCGUCAAACAACCCUCAACCAUCCGAAUGCUCUACGCUUCAGAUGUCACAUCAAAGGCCUUCCACGUGAUGAUCGAAGAGUACAUACCGAAAAUCUGCGAGUUCAUAGAGCGUUACAUCGAAGGAAAACAGCCAAAAAUUCCUGACAAGAAUUUCACAGGGCAAAUUGUGCAAAUUCGAGACAUUGAGGAGAACGUUUGGCUGCCAACUUUGGGGCUGAAAGGGAAGAUUGAUGUGACAGUUGAAGUUAAGGUUCACAAUUACCGACGAAGUGUUAUGCCCCUCGAAAUAAAAACAGGGAGAACUGUGUUCUCUAAUCAGCACAAGGGUCAAUUGUACCUUUACACGAUGAUGCUGAAGACACUGGGGUACGAUGUGGACUCUGGUCUUCUCUUGUACAUUAAGGACAAUCAAAUGCAAGAGAUCAAGAGUUCGAUACACGAUCAGCGAGGGUUGAUAUCCAUGAGAAACCUCUUGGCUCAUUAUCUCUCGAAACCAUCAGCAACAAUUUCGAACACUGGAGCCUCCAAGGAGAAGACGUCCGUUGAGCUGAUGGAUCUACCUGAACCCAUUCAUCAUAACUUCUUCUGCAAGGAGAUGUGUGCUUACAAGACUCUCUGCUGUGUCUUUGCUGAGGAAGAUAAAAAUCUAUCCCUGAGUAAUCAUCAUCCUAUCUCGAUUAUCACUAGGAGUGUCAUGGAGGAGCUGACGGAGGAUCAUAUCAAUUAUGUGAUCAAGUGGAUCGCCAUGUUGGAGAUGGAGGAGGCGCAGUCUCAGGAGGAUGUUGCUGAUGAUAGCAUUUGGAACUUGACGCCGAAGGCCAGGGAGAAGAGGAAAACUGGACUCAUGUGCAUGGAGGUUUCUAAGGUCACAGUUGUUGAGGAUGCGUUUCAUCACGAGUUCGUCAGGAGCAAGGGGAACGAGGGGGAGGAGGAGUUUCCUGUGAAGGACUUUAGACAGGUAUUUCGCGGCGAUGAAUACGUAACAGUAAGCAGUGCCAAGCGCUUCCACAUCGCCUCAGGCUUCCUGAACUCCGUCACUAAGACCUCCCUAACCCUUCGUCUAGACCGAGACCUAACAAAGCGCAACAAGGAGAUUUACUCUAUAGACAUGCUUUCGAUCCGCAGUCAGCUGUACCGAAUCCUGGGGACCCUGGCAACCCUCUUGAGCUCCAACGACAUCACUCGUCGAAUGCGCCGUCUGAUAAUCGACAAGGAGCCCGCAAGGUUCACCGAGCCCCUGCCCCGUGACUUUGACACCCCAGGAGCCCGUGAAAUCCUCGCCAGACUGAACAAGUACCAGCAAGAAGCCCUGAUAGCUGUUUUGACAGCCAACGACUACGUUCUCAUCAAGGGAAUGCCUGGCACAGGGAAGACCGAGACCCUAGUAGCCCUCAUCGAGCUCCUCUCCUACUUGGGAAAAUCGGUAAUCAUCACUGCUCACACGCACAAUGCAGUCGACAACAUCCUCUUGAAGCUAGACCAGAGAAAGGUGGACUUCAUGCGACUGGGGAGUGACCACAGACUCCACCCAGAGCUCGUCCACAAGUCCGAGUCAGUAUUAAUCAAGGACUGUGAUACUCCUGAGAAGCUGGGGCUCGUCUAUGGCAAACAGAAGAUUGUCGGAGUCACGUGUCUGGGUGCAGGCCACUUCCUCCUAACCAAACGAACAUUCGAUUACUGCGUUGUUGACGAGUGCACCCAGGUGCUUCAACCAGUACUUCUUAAACCUCUUUAUAGUGCCCAGAAGUUCGUCUUCGUGGGAGAUCCUCAGCAGCUGCCAGCAGUGAUAAAGAGUGUGGAGGCGAGGAAGCUGGGGAUGGAUGAGGACAUCUUCAAUCGUCUGGACAGCCCCAACAACACCAGGAGCCUGAGACUCCAGUACAGGAUGAAUCAGACGAUAAUGAAUCUUGCGAAUGACUUCAUGUACAAGGGGGAGCUCUGCGCUGGGAAUGAGACUGUUGCCAAUGCCACUUUGAGGUUCAAGCAUCCUGAGAGGGUGGCCAAGUGUGAGGAGUGGGUGCAGAGGGCUCUCGAUAACUCUUUGGAGAGGGCUGUGACGGUUUUGAAUACUGGGGAGACUGUCAAUUUAAUUGCUCACACGAGACUUGAGAGAAAUUCUUUUCUCAAAAUGAGGGAGCAGAGCGAGGAGAAUGCCAAGAGCACUGUCAAUUGGUACGAAAUUGUUGUUAUUCAGCGUCUUGUUACUGCUCUGGUGAAUGGGGGGAUCAGCCCUGAGGAGAUUGGUGUUAUUGCUCCGUUCAGGGCGCAGAUCAAUCUGCUGAGGACCAUCAUCAAGGAGGAGGUGGAGAUCAAUACUGUGGAUCAGUAUCAGGGAAGGGAUAAGAGUGUCAUCGUGUUCUCGUGCACGAAGAGCAACAGGAGGGCUCUGGAGCUCAAGUCACCUUCGGAGUAUAGGGUCUUGGAGGAUCCCAAGAGGCUGAAUGUGGCUGUGACGAGAGCUAAACAUAAGAUUAUUAUUGUUGGAGAUGUACCCCUGCUGCUGGAUUAUGGGGUGUCUACCAAGGAGUUGUUUAGUAUUCUGGGGAAGGAUGUGCGGGAUCUGAAGGAUAAUGUCGAUGGGUUUUCUUGGGACAGACUUUUUAAGAGCUUGGUGGAGUCCAGGGGGUGCGAGGGGAGCCAAUGAGGCGGCGGGUGGGAAGGAUUAUUCAUCAAUUCAGUAGCGAAGUGGUAGAACGGUUCAAGUCAAUUCUGACUAUUGACCAGUUUUCAAU